AUGGCGCAGGAGAAGCAACACACCGUCUUCUUCCAUCCAGAUCUCGGCAUUGGCGGCGCUGAGCGUCUUGUUGUUGAUGCCGCUGUUGCACUGCAAGCGCGCGGGCAUGUGGUCACCAUCUUCACGUCGCAUUGCGACCCGCGACAUUGCUUCGAUGAAGCUCGCGAUGGAACCCUCGACGUGCGUGUACGCGGCAACACCAUCGUACCAGCUUCACUCUUCGGACGCUUCGCCAUCCUAUGCGCCAUUCUCCGCCAAGUGCAUCUAAUCCUGCACAUCGCACUGUUCACGAAUGAGUUAGCGCUACUCUCGCCUACCGCCUUCUUCAUCGACCAGCUCAGCGCCGGCAUACCCCUUCUGCGCCUGCUUCAACCCCUCCCUCGCAUUAUCUUCUACUGCCACUUCCCCGACAAACUGCUCGCAAAGAAGGGGGGUCUGCUUAAGACGCUAUACAGAGGCCCGUUCGACUGGCUAGAAAGCUGGAGUACAGGUUGCAGCGACACCAUUGUGGUGAACAGCAAUUUUACGAAGAGCGUCUUCGCCGAAGCUUUCCCUGGCUUGCGACAUCGCAGUCCAGGAGUGGUGUAUCCAUGCGUAGAUACGGCUAUCAGCGAUGCGAUGGACGAACAUAAGCCUUUAUGGCCAAACAAGAAGGUCCUGCUUAGCAUCAACCGUUUCGAAAAGAAAAAGGACGUUGCACUUGCAAUCAAAGCAUACGCAGGGCUGUCGCGCGAAGAAAGCAAAACUGCCCGACUCGUGAUAGCAGGCGGUUUUGAUCCCAGGGUGGCAGAGAACACUACAACUUACGCUGAACUCUGUGAGCUGGCGGACUCAUUGCAGCUGAAGCAUGCCACCGCGAAAACUGUCAUUUCAGCACAAGGCGUUCCCGAUGACAUCUCGGUCCUCUUUCUUCACUCUGUACCAGGUGCCUUCAAAUCGACCCUCCUGUCCACGGCUCGCCUGCUUGUCUAUACCCCACGAAACGAACAUUUCGGGAUCGUACCCCUCGAGGCCAUGCUGGCAUGUACCCCAGUAUUGGCCGCUAACGAAGGUGGUCCUACAGAAACUGUGAUCAGCGGCCAGACUGGCUGGUUGAGGGAUGUUAGCAAAGUGCAAGAAUGGACGGAGGUAAUGCGCAUUGCUUUGGAAGAUGGCGAUGGUGAACAGAGGCUUAGGGAUAUGGGCAGGUGGGGAAGAGAGCGUGUGAUUGCAGAGUUCUCAAAAGACAAGAUGGGCGAGCGACUGGAAAGUGCCAUGCAAGCUAUGAUGCGCCAAAGAGUCAUGCCUCCAGUUCACGAAAUCCAGUCCAUCCAAGGAGGCUCCGCCACUGGCGUGGGCAAAAAGUAA